AUACGAGAAACAAUCAAAGGUUAAGUAGUAUAUGAACCUCAAUAAUUCGUUAGCUUCACUUACAGGUCAAUAAAGCUAAGAAUAGCAAUUUUUGUUUAACAUUAGCUACUGUUGAAAUAAUAUAUUAACAAAUUUAUAUUUAACAACAAUAUACCAUAAAAAUUUUUAUGUAUGAGGUUGUCAGUUUCAAAUGAGAACAUUUAUUCAAAUGAGAUAAGCAAUGCCUUUGGUAUCAUAGUAUAUUUAUUAUUUUUGGAGAAAGUUGGUGAUAGCAUCAAGAAUUUAUUGCAAAAUAUUUCAGAAGGAAUUUUUUGCGUCGAUCAUCCGGUUUCUAUCAUUCCACGCACAGUCAACCUAGGAUACAGGAGGAAUAACUUAGUCUGGGAAAAUUUACCGUUGAGACAUUGCUUCCUCCGACUUCCGUUUCAACAAAAGUCUUUUCCCAGAGUGUUCCUAAAAAGCAAAGAACUUCCUGUUAUCGAGCAGACUUGGUCAUGCGUGGCCGCGUCAUUAUGUGUUUAUUUUCUUGUAUUUUCAUCUGUCAUGUAUGUUAAGAGUUAUGUUAUGAUUGAUUUGUCAAAAUUUAAAAUAUUUUGCCUUACGAAGAAAUAUAUAUCUGUAUUACUGCGACGUAUAUUCAGAGCAUUCGUGUUGCUAUAUACAUUAGUAGCUCCGUCUUCUUGGUGCUUGCUCGUGACCUCGCCCUUUAGAUUGUUGUUUUUUAUUUUUUUAGCAAAUCCUUGAAAAUAAGAAGAGAAAAUACAGUUGAUGUAGUUGCGGAGUGCUUCUAGAGUUGGCAGCAAUACUAAAGUUUAUUUGCUUUAUUUUAAGUAUAUAUAUUAAAGUUGGAUAUAUAUAAAUAUGGAUCAAAUAACACCAAAUGAAAAUCUUGCGUUUGACGAUGAAAAUAAUGAAGAAAGACAAAGACUCCUGAGCAAUCGUAGCGGACGAUCGCAUAUUGUCGUGUCAUCACAGCGAUGGAUCGCACUCAUUCUUGGUUCUGCUGUUGCUCUAAUUAACGGUUUCCAGAAUUUACAAUUUGCUGGAUUUGAACCACAAAUAGUGAAAUAUUAUAAGAUUUUACCAAUUCUCGGGGAUCUUUUGACGCAAACCUACUACAUAUCAUUUGUCAUACUUGGUUUUCCUGUUAUUUGGCUGAUUAUGAAGAAAGGUUUGCGUUUCACGGUUAUAAGCGCGGCAGCUCUAUCUGCAAUCGGCGCUAUGUUAACUGUGGUUUCAACGACAAACAAUCAAUUGUAUUCUGUGGCUCUCAUUUCUGAAUUCUUUGCCGGAGUCGCACAGGUUUUUGUUCUUUGCCUUCCUUCUCUACUUGCCGGAAGCUGGUUUCCAUCAAAUGAAGUUUCAACUGCUUCGGGAACGAUUGUGUUUUUCUAUGAACUGGGGAAUGGAAUAGCCUUGUUAAUACCUCCAUUUUUAAAGAAGACUGAAGAAUUUCAUGGAACACUGGGCAAAAAUGUUGUGACAACAUUUGCAGCAGUCGCCUUGUGUGGAAUAAUUGUUUAUGUUUUUGUUCAAAUUGCAUUCAAAGAACCAGCUGUUGAAGUUCAGCUUGAUGACGAUAGUGGAAGCCAACCGAUACCAUCUUAUUUACAAUCAUUGAAGGAUCUUAUGACAAAUAAGAAUUUUGUUCUUCUUUUUUUCUCCUAUGGCAUUGACUUCGGAAUCUUCAGUGCAUUGCACUCUCUUUUCAAGAUCAUAGUCUAUCAUAACUUUCUGGAAGAGGGAAUAAAUCAUUUUACAACAGGUCAAAUAGUGGCUUUCAUGAUUCUGGUGGGAACGCCUGCUCCAAUUAUUUUUGGACUUUUAUUGGAUUACACCAAGAAGUUUAUAUGGAUCCUUGGAUUGAUCCAUUUUAUCUCUAUUUUAUCUUCGAUGAUGCUGAUAUUUGCUAUGGAAACAAAAAUCAUGUGGUUGACGUGGGUAUCAGUGGGUCUGCUUGGAUUUGGAUUGACAGGUAAAAUGUCAGUUGGCUUGGAAACCGCAGCGGAAAUGACGUACCCGAUUCCGGAAGGAACUUCAUCAGGAUUGCUUGUUUGGUCCAUGUCGCUGUUCACAACAAUCUUCAUACAAGUUUUCCGUUUUCUUUUGACAUUCACCAAUCUAUACCUGAAUGUCUUCGUGUCUUCUUGUCUUAUUAUUGCGUUCAUUUUCACAUGUUUCAUGAAAGAAGAUUUGCGCAGAUCAAAAGCACAAUUUGAAGCCAUGAUUACCAUUGAUGAUGACGAAAUAGAGAGAUGAAAAUAUUCACUAGUAUUUGUUAAAUUUUUUUUGAAAUAGUGAAAGAUAAGGAAAAUGAUUAAUUCAUAUUUCUUUUGUAAAUUUCAAAUUUCACAUUCUAAAAUCAUUUUUUAGUAAUUUUUUCUCAAUCUUAUCUCUGAUUCAAAUCCACGCCUGCUACAUUUAGUUCUAUAUUUAAAUAUUUCGAAACAAUGUCUUUGAAGUAUUUCAAAACUAACAAUACAUGUUUAAGUUCAAAACUCUGCUAGUAAAUGUAGCAAUUAUUCAUUCCAUUUUUAUUAUAGCUGA